AUGGGUUUCAAUCCUCCGGUGCCACAGCAGGACAGCGACUGGGAGAUCCGGGUGGCGGUGCUGGUGAGCCUGCUCCUCCAGGUGUUUCUCAUCUUCCUGGGCCCCAUGCGCAAGCGCUCCUCCUCCCCGAUACCCCGCUUCACCGUCUGGUCCUGCUACCUCCUCGCCGACUGGGUCGCCGACCUCGCCCUCGGCCUCCUCCUCAACAACAUGGGCAACAUCGGCGGCGGCGGCGGCAACUCCUCGUCCAGCUUUGGCCUCAAGCGCGGCGGUGGUGGCGGCACCGCUGGCAACAACAACAACGCUAGCAGCGGAAGCAGUAGCCCCAUCAUCUUCGCGUUCUGGACGCCGUUCCUGCUGCUCCACCUGGGCGGGCCGGACACCAUCACCGCCUACUCGCUGGAGGAUAACGAGCUGUGGCUCCGCCACCUCAUUGGCCUCCUCUUCGAGCUCUUCUCCGCCUGCGUCAUCUUCUUCUGCUCCCUUCACGGCAACCCCAUGAUCCCCGCCACCGUGCUCAUGUUCAUCGUCGGCAUCAUCAAGUACGCGGAGCGCACCUACUCCCUCUACUCCGGCAGCGUCGACGGCUUCCGCAACAAGAUCCUCGACGACCCGGACCCGGGGCCAAACUACGCGAAGCUCAUGACGGAGUUCGACGCCAAGAAGAAGGCCGGCCUGGUCGUCGAGAUCGCCAUAGCCAAUGGUGAGGCCGAGGAGGCACACAAGGAGAUGGAGAAGCAAGAGAUAGAGAUGCGCGCUGGUGCAGGACAAGAACAAAAGCGUGGAGGCUCGCGCGUACGAGUUCUUCCUCAUCUUCCGGCGGCUCUUCGUCAACGUGAUCCUGAGCUUCAAGGAACAGAGGUGGAGCUCAACUUCAUCUACGACAUGGUGUACACCAAGGCGCCCGUCGCCUACAGCAGCUGGCACGGCUGGGGCUCGGUCCUCUGCUACUGGGGCUGGGUCCUCCGCUGCAUCUGCUCCUGCUGCCUCGUCUCCGCGCUCGUCAUCUUCUUCUUCCUCGACAAGCCUGGGCACCAGAUCCUGCCCGUCGACGUCGGCAUCACGUACGCGCUGCUGCUGGGCGGGUUGGCGCUCGACGUGGCGGCGCUGCUCAUGAUCUUCUUCUCCAACCGCGCCCAGGUGUACCUGGAGUCGUCCAGGUGGCUCAGGUGGCUGGCGUGGCUGAGGGAGGUCAUCAAGCGGUGGCAGGCGCGGCGCUGGUCGGGGAAGACAUCGCAGCUGAACCUCAUCGAAUACUGCCUCGGCAAGCCGGGCAAUUACAGUAACAAAGGUGGACGGCGGUGGCUCCACAAGAUCGUCGAGAAGAUGCACGUCGAGGAGAUCGUGGACGACUUCUUCUUCAUCCACCGCGUGCCACUACGCGGCAAGAAGCAGCAGGACGACGGCGGCGACAAGCAGGACUCCCCUCCUCUCCUAGAUUUCAUCUUCAAAGCCCAGCGCCAUGCCACGGAGAUCAAGAAGAACAUCGAGAAUAACGACGAGGUGAAGCACCUUGCCAUGGAUAAAAUCAAGAAGUCCCUCGAGGAGAAGGACGAGGCGAAGCGCCUUAGCAUGGACGACAUCGACAAGAUCAAGGCCGAGGUCGCUACGGAGAAGUUCAGGCUGAUCCUGGACAGCGUGGAGCAGAGUGACUUCGACGAAUCCCUGCUGCUGUGGCACAUCGCCACCGACCUGUGCGGCCUCCAGAACAAGAUAACGGCACCAACGGCGGACGAAGAUCGGCUGCGACCCAUCGGCGAGACCCUGUCGGAGUACAUGCUGUACCUGCUCAUCAAGCAGCCGGAGAUGCUGGCGGCGACGGCGGGCAUCGGCCUGCUCCGCUACCGGGACACGUGCGAGGAGGCGCGCCGGUUCUUCGGAUCCAUGGAGGCGUGGAUCGAUGACCACGACGACGCGCGCAAGAUGCUGCUGAACGUGAACACGUCGGAGAAGCCAUCAGUGGUGAAGGGCGACCGGAGCAAGUCGGUGCUGUUCGACGCGGUCAUUCUGGCCAAGGAGCUCAGGAAGCUGGACGACUCGCUCAUGUGGGAGGUUGUCACGGGGGUGUGGGGGGAGAUGCUGACGUACGCGGCGGGCAAGUGCCGGGGCAACAUGCACGUCCGGCAGCUCAGCCGCGGCGGCGAGCUCAUCACGCUCGUCUGGUUCCUCAUGGCGCACAUGGGGCUCGGCGACAUGUACCAGAUCCAGGAGGAGGAGACGCCAAGGCCAAGCUCAUCGUCAAAGACCAGUAGUAGCGUAGGAGCAGCUCGCUCAUCGUCUAUAUAUGUUCGUCAUUCCCUUCCCUGUGUGUGUGUGUCCAUUGUUACCUCAUGUACCAAGCGUUGA